UAUCUUCCCUUCCAAGUUUAUAAGCCCUGCGGCCUCCGCCCGGAAAUGGCGUCUUCUUGAAGGCAGCCGCGAUGAAGUAAAACUCCGGCCGGAGAACUCUACCCCCACCCUACCCCCUUCGCCCCUCCUCUCCCUCCUUCCCGCUGAAAUCCUGUUAAGCUCGCCCUAUCGCCACCACUACCAUCUAAAGGUUGUAUUUUUCUUUCUCCCCAUUCAUAUCUCCCCUCGUUUUUAUUUUCCUCUUUGAUCCGGCCGUUAUUCUCUCUUAAUUCCUUCUGAUUCUUCGGUUAUUUUGUUUGUUUUUAUGAAUUUUUGACCUUUUUUGACGGGUUUCUGGGUUUUAGAGAAAAUGAUGAUUUCUUUUUCACCCAAAUCGUAUCGUUGUUCGGUUCUCCGAAAUUUUAUAUUGUUUUAUUUGUUUUGGCGGUGAUUAGGGUUUAUGGAUACGAAUCUGGAUCCUUCCUUGAUAUCUUUUUAAAUUCAGGCCUUGCUCGUCGUUGGUCCGUGCGAAUUGUUGGCUGGUUUGAGCAGCUUAAUGCGAAAUUGGGGUGGGUUAGUUAGAAUUUCUAGAAGUUCGGUCACUUUUUUUAUGGAAUUAGGUUUUCGCUUCUAACUUGUUCUCGAGUUAUUUAAAAGUGAUGACAUUGGCUUUGCUUCAGGUAUCAGUUUCCGUGUUUCUUAGAGUUUAGCUGAUUCCCUUGGUUCUGUUUACAUAGGGUUUUGACUUGAACUGUUUUCUUAUGAGUUGGCCACUAUAUUUUGAUCAAAAUUAAUUUGUGAAAUAAGAUUGCGUUGAUAAGGUGUGCAAUUUUUGUUGGUCUUGUGGGUCUCCUACAAACUUUCCUGUUGUGCUGUUUGAGAAGUUGAUAUUAGUUCUAUGUGUCCCAGAGCUAUGUGCUUUCACUGUCUACUUGUGUCAUCUGGGAUUCUUCUUUUACUUUGAUUGGUUUCUCAGCUGAAAAGCAUUUUUGAACUUCUUAUAUCUUGGUAAUUGAGAAGAUGUAUCUUUAUGAUAAAGAAGGGAUCAAAAUACAAGUUUUGGAAUCACUAUUGAAUUUUCUGAGCUGUAUUACUGAAAGUGUAAGUUAUGCAAUGGCUGGGACCUUAAACCUUAUAUGUUUCGUUGCUAUUUUCCCCCAACUCUACUAGAGGAUAUUGUUAUGUCUUUUCCAUGAAUGGGGAGACCAUGCUCUUCAUUCCUUUUUGAAGUGAAAAUUUUAGAGGCCUUUUGUAGUCGGAAUUGCAGUCUUUUCUUCAUGUUAGUGAAGAAUUAUUGUUACAAAUUGGAUGACUAUGGAGAUGACUGGAGUUUGGUUGAUUAUGUUUUGCAUUUGACUAUUUUUCAUUAAUGUAAAUUUGAAUCUGAACAUGAGAUUUGAUUUUUCCCCCUAGCGUGACCCAUUUUGCUCAUUGAACGUGUUGAGAUAUAUUGGAUGAUGGUGGACGUGUGGAGGUGACUGGAGUUUGGUUAUGUUUUGCAUUUGACUAUUUUUUGUUCAUUUAAACUGGAAUCUGAACUUGAGAUUGGAUUCUUAUCCCUAGUGUGACCCAUUUUGGACAUUGAGCGUACUGCGAUAUAUUGGAUGACUGUGGAGGUGACUGGAGUUUUGUUGAUUCUGUUUUGCUUUUGACUGUUUUUUGUUACUUUAAAAUUCAUUCUGAGCAGGAGAUUUUUCCCCCCAAGCAUGACCCAUUUUGGUCAUUGAGCACAAAAUUGAUCUUGUUUUAUUUAGUGAUUUAUGAUCUGUGAUUUGUUCAUCUGUUUGCGUAUUGAUGUGGGAGUACAUGUUAGUGGAUUUGCAUCAUUAGAUUCCUCUGGAAGGGUUUUGUGGCUUUUCUCUAUGGGUGCUCCCAAGCAGAAAUGGACAGCAGAGGAAGAGGCUGCCCUCAGAGCUGGAGUUGUUAAACACGGGGCUGGCAAAUGGCGAACGAUAUUGAAAGAUCCAGAAUUUAGUGCCGUCUUACGUUUGCGGUCCAAUGUUGAUCUCAAGGACAAAUGGCGGAAUAUGAGUGUGACUGCAAAUGGAUGGGGAUCUCGAGAGAAGGCCAGGAUAGCCUUGAAAAAGAGCCGACAGAUUUCGAAGCAUAAUGAUAACCCAAAGGUUCUCACUACAGAAGUUGAGGAUAUUGAUAAUGAAAUUGUCGAUGCCAAGCAUCUUGCAAUGUCUAGUGAGAGUUUGAAGUUUACUGGCCCUAAAAGAUCUAUCUCAAGGCUGGACAAUCUUAUAAUGGAAGCGAUUACUAAUCUGAAGGAGCCCACUGGGUCUAACAAGACGGCUAUUGCCAUGUAUAUAGAGGAACAAUACUGGCUUCCUCCAGAUUUUAAACAGUUGUUGUCUGCAAAACUGAAGGUAUUGACUGCGAGUGGGAAAUUGAUUAAGGUGAAACGCAAGUAUAGGAUAACACCAAGUUCAGCUUUUUCAGAAAGAAGAAACUCCAAGGUGUCUCUCCUUGAGGAAAUGAAAUUGGAGCCUCCCAAACUGGAAAGGGAUGAUAUAAAACUCCUUACAAAAGCUCAAGUUGAUGCUGAACUAGCACAGAUGAGAAACUUGACCGCCGAGGAGGCUGCAGCUGUUGCUGCCAAGGCAGUUUCAGAGGCAGAGGUGGCCAUUAAAGAAGCAGAAGAGGCGGCAAGAGAGGCAGAGGUUGCAGAAGCUGAAGCAGAAGCAGCAAAGGCAUUUGCUGAGGCGGCUAUCUCAACGCUUAAACGACGAAAUGCAGCUAAACUGAUGAUUCGAGUUUGACAGGGAACAAAUGGGUUAUUCAGCUGUACUUCCUCAUGUUCUCCGUACACAUUGCCAGAGGUGCUGACUCUUUGUUUGUCAAAUAUGUAUAUGGUCAGCGUCUGUAUAGCUUGGAUCUUCAGAGCCGCCUGUAGAUAAUGACCCCGGGAAAUCUUUCUUGGCUCAUGAUCCCUUGUUGGAGGUUUCCUAGUUAUCAUCAGCUCCUUGACAUUAUCAUUUCAUAAGACAUUGAUGUGCUGUCAGAAGUGUCUGAAUGGAACUGAUAAGAGCGCUGGGUUUUCAUCGACUGAAACCAGUUACCUUGUGCAUGACAUCAUUUGGGCUUGAGUUGUAUUCAGUUGUAUUUAUUCAAUCUUUAUAAAGAGGAUUGAAUUUUGUUCAAUCUUUACGGGCUAACUCAUUUUUUGAAAGGUGACGUGGUGAUAAGGUUUUGUUUGGAUUACAAAAUCAGAUAGAUCUAAGGUUAUGUUU